AUGCCACUCUUAAGCGCAGGCCGGAUCAAGAAGGAAUAUGUUCGCGGCUCCUCUACGCAGGCCGAUGCGCGUCAGUGUCGUAUCAAUGAACGACAGGUGCAGGAAAACGACAAUAAGGUCAAUCACCCAGACACGCAGGUGACCUUCAACGAGCAUGGCGGCGUCGGCAACCUUGGUCAGCAGCCCAAGAUCCUGAAUGAAGCUCUCAGCGCGGCGAUGAAGGGGCUCCGACGCCAUCUGUUCCUUUCGAAGACAGGCAUCGUGAUACCCUUGAAAGUCAAGGCCGACCUCGCUGAUGACUUCGACAAAAGUGACGCCGAAGGCGUCGAGAGGGUCAACACUCACGAGCUUUCGGGCGGCCUGAUCACAGCCAGAACCGUGCUUAAGUCUGUUCUUAAGUCGGACGUCAAGUACAACCCUAUCCUGGAGUGCUGUGAUGCACAGCCCGCGUACCUCAAGCUUCUCUGUGUUGCGGUCUGGGAACGUCGCUCUUCACAGCGGCACAGUCUGGUUAUGAUUGGGUGUGACAUCGUCGACAAGUAUGACGCCUUCAAGCUCAAGAAGUUGUUUCUGAAGGACAAGCCUACCAAGAACAAUACAAUCCGCCUGCAGAAUGCCGUGCUGGCACUAUUGGAGAAACAGGUGUUCGUCCACACGGGCAAACUGGUGCGCAAGGGCAAUCACGAUGAAGACGUGAAGGUGGAAUUCCUGAUCUCCCCCUUGUGUCAGAAGUUCCCAUAUAGCAGCCCGUACAUCUCCGAAUACGUUGCCCGCGGUUUAAUGGGCCUUGUGAAGGAGAAGGGCUCCCUCAAAUUCCAGCCCCCGCAAUUCCCGGUGGAAGACACGCCCGAGGACCCCAAACACCCCCAGAAGUUGGUACCUCGGUCGAUGGUAGCCUUCGCAGCUACGAUGCUCAAAGUCGCUAUCCGUAGCUACGUAAACGGAAAAUAUUCCCCCGGCGCCAUCAACGAGGAUGAACUUGGCCCGAUAUACAAGUCUCAUGACAACAAGAUCUCCGAGUUGAAACCCGGCUCUCAGGAGGGUAUUUUCAUCAGAAUAUUCCAGGAGGCGUCGACUUGGCUGCCUCCGGUGGUGGCGCCUGAAUACGGCACCACCGAAGCCAUGCAAGAGAGCAAGGAGGACACUCUUGCGUACUUCGCACAGCGCGCCCGUGCCUCCAGUACAGGCACGUAG